AUGAUUAUCUCGUAUAAACAUGUGGAAUAUGUCACUAAAAAGCAGUUUGCAUUUACACCUGUGAAUGCUAGGCGGGAAAUCAAGGGAAACGAAACGAAGUUACAAUGCACGAUGGAAACAAAGCUAGAAGUAGAUCCUGGAAAUGUCCGUGUUGCUAUGAAACCCCUUGAUGACAGUGUUGUCCAUAGAAUUUGUUCAGGACAGAUUAUAACAACAUUGGCGGUGGCUGUUAAGGAACUUAUUGAGAAUUCCCUUGACGCUGGUGCAAAAACCGUGGAAAUACGUUUCAAAGAUCAUGGGAGCUCUGUGAUUGAAGUUCGUGAUGAUGGAUCUGGCGUUGAACGAGAAAAUCGUGCUGCUUUUGCCUUGAAAAAUUAUACUUCAAAAAUAAAUGACUUUUCUGACAUUUAUAAACUUCAUACUUACGGGUUUCGUGGAGAAGCCAUAAAUUCAUUAUGUGUGAUAGGAGAGGUAUCGAUGAUUACUCGCCAUGAAGAUGAUGAAUGUGGAACUUUUCUUGUGUAUGAUAGAAGUGGAAAUAUUGUGGAAGAAACUCCUCGAGCAAGAAUGGUUGGAACUACAGUGUUUGUGAAGAACAUUUUUUUGUCUCUACCUGUCAGACGAAAACUCUUAUUAACAAAUAUAAAAAAAGAAUUUUCCAAAGCUGUAGAUAUUAUCAAGGCAUAUUGUUUAGUUACUACUGGAGUGAGAAUUAUUUGCACAAAUCAAAUUGGGGAAAAAUCAUCAACUACAGUAGUGGUAACAGAUGGAACAUCUGUAUUAAACAAUAUAUCUUCUGCUUUUGGAGUAGACCAGGUUAAAAACUUACUGGCUGUUCCUCGAAGGCUUCCUGAUAGACAGUUAAUGGAAGACUUCCGAAUAACAGAUGAUGAAAUUGAAGGAAAUGAGAUUGAUUUUGAUUAAGACAAGUCUGACAUUGAACCUUUUGUGAAUUACGUUACUAAAAUUAUAAUGAUUACCCGACUAAUUAAUUACAUGUUUCAUCAGUAUCAGAAACGUAAAUAUCCAUUUUUAUUUUUGAAUCUAAAAUUAUCUACAGAAUCUGUUGAUGUGAAUUGCAGUCCUGAUAAACGAGAAAUAAUAUUAAGAAAUGAAAAUCUUGUCCUAGCAACAAUUAAGGCAUCUCUUAUUGAGAUUUUUAGGUCCGUACGAUCAGUAUCAACUAUAGAAAACAACAAGUUGCCUUCUGUGCAAUUCAAGUUGGAAAACAGUUUUUUGACUGUUAAAACCAAUUCAGGUCAUAAUUCGUUUGUCAGUGAGGAAUGUACUGUGACGAUUGAUACUCCAGAGGUAUCUUCCAUGAAAAGCUCAAGUAUUACAGAGACGCUUAAUGAAAACGGAUUCCUUUGUAGUAGAACAUCAACUCAAAAAACCGAAGUGUCAACUUCUUGCGACGGUCUGUUUGAAGAGGAGUGUGUUACUACAGUGCAAUAUGAAGAUAAUCCUGCUGCUUGUAAUUCUAGAGCUGACCAAAGCAAAAAGAUAAUAUUUGAUGACAAUAAAAGAUGUUAUAAUGAACACCGGAGUCAAACUGUUAUUGAUGUGGGAAUCUUGGUGGACAAAAUUGAGCCCAAAGAAGGAAAGCGUAGAGAAGCAAGGGAUUUAUUUCAAGAGAAACAUAAUGAAAUUCUCAAAUUUAGAGCUGCAUUAGAUCCUGCCCAAAAUGAAAAUGCAGAGAAAGAAUUACGGCAACAAAUAUCAAGGGAAAUGUUUUCUAAGAUGGAAGUAGUUGGUCAGUUAAACAAGAGUUUUAUUGUUGUUCACAUGGAGUCUGAUUUAUUUAUAAUCGAUCAACAUGCUGCUGAUGAAAUUUAUAAUUUUGAAAAUCUUAUGAAAUCAUCCACGAUACCGAACCAACGGCUUGUUGCGUAUGUCACGAGUGAUGCUGAGACUCCCCCUUGUCAAAGAAUACAAUUGACUGCAGUGCCUGUGAGUAAAUUAUGGACUUAUGGAAAAGACGAUGUAAUAGAACUCAUUGCUAUGCUGGAGGAAUGUCCAGAUGUGAUAUGUAGGCCUUCUCGAAUAAGGGCAAUGUUUGCUUCACGUGCUUGUCGAAAGUCAGUAAUGAUGGGGUCAUCACUCACUCAUUCUAUAAUGAGAAACAUAGUAGAUCACUUAGGAACUUUGGAUGAACCAUGGGGGGAAGACUGUGAGCAUCUUAGUGAUGUUAUGAGUGCUACAGUAGCUUCACCCACACAAAAUAAUGCAAGCAUUCUCUCAAACUGCAGUGAACAUUUCCUAAGCCUGCUAACAGUAAAUUAG